UCGACUUUAGUCGUUCAACGUAUUUAAAAUGUUUUAUUCGGCAACCUACCUUCUGUGCUCCUUUGCUCUCCUGGCCUUGCAAGGGUCUUGGGCAGCUACCCAGGAAAAGGGACAUUCCGUGUGUCUUCUGAAUGAUCCUCCCAAUCAAUGUGGGCCAUUCUGCCUCAGUAAACUGGACCCAAUGCGGGGUAAAUUGGUUUCCAUUGAACGCAGGCAAUAUUUCAUGCAGUCCAAAAUUCUGGCGGUAAAAUCGAGGCUGGAAGACCAGGGACUCAGAAUGGAAAAACAACUGCUGGCGAUGCAAUCCGAGUUGAGUAACCAACUGCAGGCCCUUCAGUCAGACAUACAAAUCAAACUGGAUAGCAUUCUUCAAACGGUUCAGGUUCUUCAAGAAUCAGUGAAAAGUGUUAUCACGAUGGAAGACUUCCAAUCAAGAGUGAACGAAACAGAAGAAAAAAUUCCCCCUGUUUUCGAGCAGAUCGGGUCCAGGUUCUUUCAUUUCGAACAUAACCUUGAGCAAAAUUGGACAACGGCUGCGGAUUCUUGUCGUAAAUUGGGAGGAUAUUUGGCUGCCAUUCGAGACGAAGAGGAAUUCAACGCCAUUAAAGGGAAACUCAAAAACGAAAGAUAUUAUUGGCUUGGCAUUAAUGAUCUAAAGAAAGAUGGCGAAUACGUAUCAGUGGCUUCUGGCAGACCAGCAACAUUUCUUAAAUGGGCACCAGAUCAACCGAACCACUUGGAAAGGAAACAGAACUGCAUUAUUAUAACAAACAACGAAGAAAUGUGGGACUUUUAUUGCAGAUAUCAAAUGCAAUUUAUAUGCCAAAGUGACAGUGAAGUUUAGAGAAC